AUCCUCGGAGUUCCCAAAUAAAGAAGUUUCGCUUAGUUUUUGUAAUGUUUUAUGAUUGAAACAUUCAGAGAAGAUGAAAGUGAAGAACGAGAAGCAGAGUUGGGCGGCGGUGUCGCCGUCCGAGGUUGUCUAUCAUUUCGGCACCAGUGGACUUUCCGUUGCGGCGGCCACCGCAGUAACUCAUCCUCUAGAUGUUCUCAAAGUUAGGCUGCAAAUGCAACUUGUUGGGCAGAAAGGUCCUCUCAGUGGAAUGGGACGGUUAUUUAUCCAUACUUUUAAAAAAGAAGGGCCGAGAUUUUUGUAUCUGGGAUUGACACCGGCAUUGACAAGGUCUGUUCUUUAUGGGGGUCUCCGUUUAGGCUUGUAUGAACCUUCAAAGUAUGCCUGCAAUUGGGCUUUUGGAUCCGCCAAUCUUUUUGCUAAGAUCGGGUCUGGAGGAUUUGCCGGUGCAAUUGCAACUGUGUUGACGAAUCCAUUUGAGGUUUUGAAGGUGCGGUUACAGAUGAAUCCAAACUUGAGUCCAACGGGAGAACUGCAUAGAAUUAUUACUGAAGAGGGAGUGAAAACGCUUUGGAAGGGGGUUGGCCCUGCUAUGGCCAGAGCUGCUACGUUGACUGCAUCACAACUAGCAACAUAUGACGAAACCAAGCUGACACUGAUUAGGUUGACAUCACUCGAAGAAGGAUCCCAUCUUCAUCUCAUCUCAAGCACAGUUGCAGGCUUGGUGAGUACCCUCGUAACUGCACCUGUGGACAUGGUAAAAACCCGUCUCAUGUUGCAACAGGAAUCUAAUAAGGCAGGAAACUAUAAAAAUGGAUUUCAUUGCGCAUACCAGGUUAUGCUUACAGAAGGUCCCAGGGGCCUUUACAAAGGGAGCCUUGCAACUUUUGCAAGACUGGGUCCACAAACUACAAUUACCUUCAUACUCUGCGAGAAGUUGCGUGAGCUUGCUGGAUUGAAUGCAAUCUAAGCCUCGGCAUUGGCAGUCUGCAAUCGCCCCCGCUUCUGGCUGCGAUGAGAAUUUCUUCGAAUCAGCAGGUAACGCACCCCACAUUCCUGAAAACAACCAUUUAGGGGAAGGGAAGUACUUGUACUUGCUUUACAUAUUGGUUCUGUUUAGGCGAUUUUACAGAACAAUGGCAUUGGCUGGUUCUGGUCCCGUGUACCGUUGUCAUCCCACAUUUUUUCGCUCGAACCCAUUCGUGUCGUUUUCUAUCUACUGUUUGAAGUAUUUCCAAAAAUUGCUUGAGUUAGAAUUUAGAAGCCUAUUAAGCAACAAUAUUUGUCUGUGUAUGGUUAGCAGGGCCCUUGAUUAGAGAUUUAGGUACAACUAACUUGUAUGUUGACUUUAGGGAGAGUCUCUGGACCAAUCCCUUGUGCCGACAAUUGGGGAGAACCUUGCUUUGAUAAGAUGUCACGGUGACAGUAUUACACACUCAUCGUGCACUAUCAUGUGAUUUGAUUUUUUCUACAUAACAAUGUUGACUUUAGGGAGAGUUUCUGGACCAAUCCCUCGUGUGCUGACAAUUGGGGAGAACCUUGCUUUGAUAAGAUGUCACGGUGACAGUAUUACACACUCAUCGUGCACUAUCAUGUGGUUUGAUUUUUU